AUGAGCAGCUCAUCAACGAAACCUGCGGUGGCGACAGUGGUGGCUGUAGAGGAUGGAGAUUGGCGGUGGUUGGGGGCGAAGCAAGGGAGUGUGUUCCCAAAAGAGAGGAAGCUGGUGAAGACAAUGAUUUUGGAAGCUUUGUUUCCAUCUCGAUCUCCUUUGAUGUCCAAGCAGAAUGUUGAGCCGCCGCCGAAAAGCAAGCGCGUGCAGCCCACGCUCCGGCUAAAGAUGAGUUCCAAAGGAGACAGUUCUAGUUCUACGGCGGAGCGGAAGGUGAAGAAGAACGAAACAGCGAGUGUGAUUCCCGUUAAGAGGAAGCUGGUGAAGACUAUGGCCGUCGAAGCCAUUAUCUCUGCCUUUUCUCCCUCCGGUGGUGGCCGGAACUCUGACGCUACCGGUGACGGAAACGGAGGGCGCGUGUACCCCACUCGCUGA